ACUGAGUUCUAUAUCGCCGGAGGGGGAAAUACAACCUCUUUCUCCAGUUGGCGUAUUUGCGUCCCAGGAAUGCCGGUCGGGGAUUCACAAACUCGUCUUGUGGAUAAUCUUGGCCUAGAUUUGAAUCCAUAUAAUAUUGUCCAAGGUAAAUCAUUCACCCGGUCUGUAUCAAUUAGUGAACCGACUUCAACUCCACCAGAUUGUUGUAUUACAUCGCAUAAUAAUAGUGCUAUUAUUGGUGAUUGCCUACCGUCUAUACGAUCAGCCAGUGGUGAAGGCGGCAGUACAACAUCAGAUAUUUCCUUCUCUCCAUUCUCUUCUGCGGCUACAGCUAUUACGCCUGAAAGUCCCUUACCACCAGAUUCAAAUUGUUUCCAGUCAAAUCCAUUAACGUCAAUAAUUGGCUAUUCUGACGUUGGUGGUGUUGAUUUUCCUGUUCAACAUUCGACCACUACUACUAGUACUCCUGCGACUAUGAAUAUGUCUACCGAUAAUACUAAUAAUGAUGAUGUUGAUGUUCCAAUAAACCAGACUACUGAAAAUUCACCUAAACCAAAUCAUACAAAUAUUUUUAAUCAAUCAACUGAUCAUAAUCAACAAAAUACCUCCUCCUCAACCUCUUCUCCUUCUCUCUCUUCCUCUUUACGACAAUUUAAUGAUAAUAAUAAUCAUGAUAGUAUCUACAAUUAUAAUGUAUUAUUUCAAAAUCCAAUUACCUUGAGAACAAUAAAUUUCCUUUCACAUUUACUUGAUUCACGUCUAUCCCCAAACUGGCGUACACUUUUAGAAUAUUGGCAGAAAAAUACUGUGAAGUUGGAUUUAUCUUCAAGUAUUUCCCAGUCAUAUUCUUCUACAACUCCCAAUAUCCCUACUACUGCUACUACUACUCUUACACCAACAAUUAGUUGUACAAAUAAUACAGAUUUUACUCGGUCAUCAUCAUCUGAUCAGGAAGUAUGCGCAGUGAAACGUUUCAAACCGAAUAAUUCAUCUCAGCCUCAAAAUGAAAUUCAACUUACAAGUAAUGAACCGUCUGCUACUAUCGAUACCACCACACUACCAUCCACUUCUCUUGUAUAUCAUCAUCAAUCUCGUCAGUCAGUUCCGUCAACAUUUAUAUCUGCACGAUUAAUCCUAUGCGCUAGAAAUCUCGCUGAUCAUUUUGAGUCUAGAUAUCGUGAUAAAUUGGGCAGUUUAUUAGAAGAUGUAGCACGUUUAAAUAAUAAUUCCAAUAGUGAUAAUAUUAAUUAUAACAUAGAUGAUCAAAGUUGUACAGAAGAGACAAACAAAACGACAAUGAUUAGUGUUAAUGAUAAUGUCACUAAUGUUCAUGAUACUAACAUAAGUGUGAAGAGUGAUAGUAGGAUUGGUGAUGGUGACGCCAGUGGUGCUUCUAGCCAUGUGAGCGAUGAUUCACUUCAAACUCGAUUAGAAAUAGCACGGUGUCAAUUUCAUAGUGUUCUAGAAGAAUUAUUUCUUGAGCGUAUUAACUGGGGUCGUAUAAUUGCAAUGUUGGCAUUUUUGCGAACAUUAUGUGAAGUUGUUGAAGAGAACAAUAAACAUAUGAAUUAUUCAGUUUCACAUCAGUCAGUGCAACAGUAUCAUGGUGUUUCUAAGUCAACUGAUUUGCCCAUUAUUUCUUGUGAACAAGUUGAGCAUAAUGAUGCUGUUACAUCUGAUUGUAAUAAAGAAUUAUCUUCUACUGGUCCAUCUUCUUCAUGCAGUGAUAAAACUACAGACAAAAAAUUGAAAGAUAAAAAUUCGGAAACUAUAAUGGAUCCUGAUCGGUCAAAUGUUAGUGACUUAAAUUUAGUGUCAUUCGCAAGACCUUGCGCAGCUGAUUAUACUUUGUGGACAACUGAGUUUAUACAUGGUCCCCGAGGACUUUGGAAUUGGAUAUCAUCUCAUGGAAAUUGGGAGGGACUUAUAAAUUUUGAAUCACAACGUGAUGAAACUGACCAAUCAGCAAUAACCUCGACAACAAUUGGAAAUAAUAGUUUAAUUAGUUUAGUCACUGGUAGUUUCACCGAUGAUGAUACGUUACGUUCACUUCGAAAUGCUUUGACUAGUGUAGCAACAAUAGCUGUUGGAGCUGUCGGCCUAGUCGCUGCUUAUCGUUUUUUCAGUAGACGUUUAUAAGUGAUAUGAGGAAGAAAAAGAUAAUUAUGAUGAUGAUGACGUCAGCAAUAUCAUUAAUCAUGGGUUAGUAAUUAUCAACAGUUAUUCAUCAUUAUUUAAUUCUCCAUGUUUGCAUUCAUUACCUACCUAUUACACUUCAGAAUUACAUAUGAACAUAAUAUACACUAGUUAUAUCUGCUUACAUCUUCAUUCCGGUGACAUUUUUAUGUAUUCAUACUUGAAUAUUUCCUCUUACACAUACAAAAAGAAACUAUUCAUUUGAAUUUUUCUUUCCAUAUAAAGAAAGGAAUCUUCCGUUUGUUCUUCUCCCACUUUCAAUACAUCCUUCAUGUAUUCAACUAUCGUCAAUAUAAAAUUGUCGGCACAAAUUUCAUGAUGAUGAUGACAACAAUAAUGACUAUAUUGGCUUACUACUAUUAAGUCAUACACUUUUUCAUAUGAAGAUGAUACAAGAGGAGUUUCAGAAUUCAUAUGUAUGUUCUGUUUCAUUGAUUAAUUUCUUCAACAGUUUUAUUGUACAGCUUUCAUUUAGAUCUUGUGAGGGUGAGCUUCAUAGCCUAUUAUCUAGAAUUUACUACUAGUAAUCGUUAUGAUGAUGAUAAGCUCGUGUUGCUCUUGUUUAUAUCUGUUUUCUUUAUUUUUAACUUUUUCUUUUUAUCUCGACUGACUGGUUUUGUCCUGUGUGUUUAUAGAUGUUUCUAAACUUUGUGCAUAUUACAGGAUAAAUCGUUGAAUUAAAGCGUUUCUAUGUGCACCAACCAGUCAAACUUGUAUGUUGAUAAUCGAGCUUAUCAGUGGUGUCUGCUUUUUUCCUUAAAAGAAGACGAUGUCAAACGUAACACAAACGAUCCAAUUCAUCUUUUCUACGUAUCUACCUCUGUCAGCUUUAUUAUUAUGAUUGUUGCCAUCUACGCAAACAUCUUUUCUUGGUGUCGUUUUUCUUGCUCUCUCUCGUCCUCCUCUGUAAAUCAACUUAAUUUUUAUAAAAAAAUUAUUCUGUUAUUUCAACUACAUAUGUAUGUGUGCAUAAUUGUCUGUUUUAUAUACUGUUCAUUGUAAUAUGUUCAUACUAUCGUAGUUAGUGGAAACUGUUACAUUCAUAAUUGGCCAAACGUAUAUCGAUCAUUGACUCUAUUUCGUUUUCCGAGUCAUUAUUAAAAUAAUUUAACUUUUAAUCGUUUUACACUUACACGUUCACUUACAUUUAUCUAACUAUCGGUUCAUGGAAACAGUAUGUUUGUCACACACACACAAGUACACAUACAAUUGUUUAUUUUAUAGCUUUAUCAUUAUUAUUAUUAUUAUGCUUUUACGGCAGAUAAAAUCUAAUCAUCCUGUUUUAUUGUAGAGAAAAUAUCAUUUCACUUGGAUAUUGUGUUGUGUUCAUUUUUUUCGAGUAUUAUUAUUAUUAUUGUAUCUUCGAAAUAAUAAAAUACCUCUUCACAACUG